AUGGCACCGUUAUUAAACGUACCAACAUCAAUUCGUGAAGAUGACAUUAAUUGUUGUAAUAAGCAAGAAUAUGUCGAACACAAAGAAAAAGAAAAUAUAGGAAGUGAUGGUGACCUUAUAUUUGGAGCAAUAGAUGAUGAUAAUUCUUCAAGAGAGAAAUUCAAUGAAAAAUCAUCCUCUAUUGAUGAAGGUUGUCAUCUUUGUAUUGAUGGUGAAUGUACAAACUCAUCAAUAAGUGUAGUUGAUGAUGAAUGCGAUAAUAUAUUACCAAUCACUGAAGGCGAUCGACUAUUUAAUCUUGUUAUUCAUCUUCAAUCAAUUAGUGGAAAACAUUCAAAUGAACAAACUGUUGGUAUGUCUAAUUUUCGUGUUAAACAUCGUUUACGUCAUCGUUCAAGAAUGGAUUCUUUUGGACAUUGGAGAGGAGCAAUGAAAAAAGCUUGUCAACUUAAAGAUCCAUGGGAAGAUUUUGAAAUUGAUCAUUAUCCAGAAGAAAUCGUUAUACGUCAUGAGUUUGAACC